UCAGAACAACAUGGACUGAAAUUGUACGUUCGUUUCUAUCUUCCAUCGUCCUUUUGAUUUAUUCACAAGCAUGACUUUUUCUGGUGCUCUAACUCUCACAGAUCUGAAUGACUUCAUCACACCCUCUCAAAUAUGCAUCAAACCAGUCGAACAAGUUCGUUCGCAGGAUGAAGAAGGAACGGACCAAGGUACCGCUUCGGUAUGUUCUAGCAUUUCCUUUUUGUUUCUCCAUUCGCUCGAGAACAAACGAGUUACCCGCCCUGGACAGACGGAGAUCCGCAUCGAUUCGAGCGGGGCCUAUUACGAAGUCACAACGAGACCCUACGGUGAUUCUGCAGCAGAGAACAAGGUCAUCAAUGGCACAUCUUCGACGAGAUACGGGGACUCGGGUGGAAAACAGUUGGAGCAAGCACAAGUCAACUUGAAUGAUUGUUUAGCGUGUAGUGGCUGUAUCACCUCUGCAGAAUCUGUUCUCAUAACACUCCAAUCCCACACGGAAGUGUUGAACUUUCUCGAAGAGAACACCUCUAUUUCCCCGCCGUCGAAACGGAAGAUUCCAGUCAUAUCAAUAUCUCCACAAACGCUCGCGUCUUUGGCUGCUUCGAUAUCAUCCAAUAGUGCUCAGUCGCGUGUGACACCAAGGCAAGUUCUCCGCCGACUGCGCGUGUUUUGCAAGGAAGUGUUAGGGUUCUGCUACGUAUUUGAUACAACAUUCGCGAGGCAUGUGGCGCUUAGGGAGCAUUUACAAGAGUUUAUUGAACGAAGAGAGAAACAUAGAGAGAGGCUCAAAACCGUUGGCGAUACGACGGAUCCACCUCAAUUACCGAUGCUAUCGAGCGCGUGUCCAGGCUGGAUCUGCUAUGCCGAAAAGACGCAUUCAGAAAUGUUGCCCUUUAUCUCCAACACCAAGAGCCCACAACAGACCAUGGGAACCUUAGUGAAGGAGUGGAUGGGGAGGAAAUGGGGUAAAUUACCUGACGGGAUUUACCACGUCACGGUGAUGCCGUGCUACGACAAGAAGCUCGAGGCAUCAAGGAGUGAUUUCUACAACGAUGUGUAUUCAACACGCGAGGUAGACUGUGUUAUCACAACGGGGGAACUAGAAAGGCUUGUUCAGGAAAAGAACUUCAAUCUAGCGGCUGCAGUUCCCGGCGAAUUGGAACUGCCACCUAGCACUGGCCCUGAAUCGUCGAUAGGCACGGGUCCGGGAGUGGCGGAUUAUACAUUCCCAGAGCUUUUGCGACACUCGGGGAGUUCAUCAGGCUCAUACCUCGACACCGUCAUGUCUCACGUCAUAGAGCGCUCAGAAGUUCCAUUAGAGCUUUCUGUGAAACAGAUCCGAAACGCUGAUUACGAGGAAUACGUCCUCAGGAAACGCGAAGGAGAAGUGGUGUUCAAGGGAGCGAAAUGCUACGGGUUUAGAAAUCUCCAGAACGUAGUGAGGAAGGUCGGGAAGGAAAGUGGCGUCCGAACAGGUGCCGGUGCCGCAGGGAAACUCACCGGUAGAGGAACUGCCGCCAGAAGAGGCAGAAGAGGUGCGAUGGAUGGAUCAAGCGCAAACGAGAAUGUAGGCUAUGACUACGUCGAGGUUAUGGCAUGUCCCGGAGGGUGUGUCAACGGUGGCGGACAGUUGAAACCUCCGGCAGCCGCGAUGAAAGGAAUGUUAUUGGACGAAGAAGGGUUCACUCGUGACUGGGGCAGCAACGGUGCGUCAGUCGAAGCGGGCUCCGGAACGCGAUGGGGAAACAGGGAAUGGAACAAAAAGGUUGAGGAAGUCUAUUGGCAUGAUCUAUCAACGCCCUCAGGCUCUCCUGAUGGAGAUGGAGAAGUCAAAGAAGAGCUUGGGGAAAUAAAGAUUGCGGGUCAGAGUUGGACAAGCCAUAUGACAAGGAUAUCAGAUCAGCUUUACAUCGAUAUCACACAGGAACUUUGUCGUUCCGACGCGCUAUAUUCGCCAUUCAGGACGCAGUAUCGUGCGGUUGGGAGCGAGGUGAUAGGGUUGGCUGUCAAGUGGUAGAAUGGUUAGCCGUGCUUUAUUGUAACACAAUCGAUAGACAAUAGACAAAGAGUCGACAACUAAAUCUAGAGAAAUGAUGAUAUGGACUGCCGCCUCCGGCACUACAGCGUGG